GCUUAAGUGAAUCAUCAUGAAGAAGUUCACGCUGAAGCACGUUUUCGAAGGAUUGCGCUCGACUGUUCAGCAGCCACAGGCCAAACCUGAGCAAGUGUCAAUCGUCGAAACACUGCAAGCUGAGAACUUCCAGGUCGCUAAGACCGUUCGUCAUGGAUUCCCGUACCAGCCGACCUCUCUGGCGUUCGAUCCCAUACAGAAGGUGUUUGGCCGUCGGGACCAAACAUGGAUCUAUCAGGCUUAUUGGGCGCCCUGGCGUGGACGUGCAUAUCCGACACGAAUCGGAGGCUGCUGUACUUCACAUGCUGUUCCUCAUUAAUGAAGGAGCCCUCGUCUCUGCCACAGCUGACGACGUCAUCCACUUGUGGAACUACCGACAGAAGCGCCCAGAGAUCGUCCAUUCCCUCAAAUUUCAGCGAGAAAGGAUCACGUGUCUGUUUCUCCCCUUCCAAAGCAAAUGGUUGUAUGUGGGCACAGAACGCGGCAAUAUCCACGUCGUCAACAUAGAGGUCUUCCUACUUUCUGGUUACACAAUCAAUUGGAAUAAAGCCGUUGAACUGUCCCGGAAGACUCAUCCUGGUGCGGUGGUACAUCUCAGUGACUGCCCUGUUGAUCCUAGCAAACUCCUUAUUGGCUAUGACAGUGGAUCACUUGUCGUGUGGGAUCUAAAAAACAAAGCAGCCGAUGUUCGCUAUCAUUGUGCAGAGCCCUUGAAGUCCAUCAGCUGGCACCAUGAAGGGAAACAAUUCAUGUGCUCUCACUCAGAUGGCUCCCUCACCACAUGGGCCAUCAAACAGGCUACUUCGAAACCAGUCUCAGCUAUUUUUCCACAUGCAAAAACCAACAAAGAAGGUAAACAGGAGCCAUGCAAAUGUAUACAAAAAGUUGAAUGGAAAUGUAGUAAAAAUGGGGAUACGUUUGUUAUAUUUUCCGGUGGUCUUACUAAUGACAGAGCUGGGAGAACACCAAGUAUAACUGUCAUUCAUGGCAAGACAACAACAGUUUUAGAAAUGGAACACAACGUUGUGGAUUUCAUUACAUUAUGCGAGUCUCCUUUUGCAAGUGAUUUUGCAGAACCUUAUGCCUUGGUGGUGUUAUUACACAAUGACCUAGUGGUCGUUGAUCUCCAUACACAGGGCUAUCCAUGCUUUGAAAAUCCAUAUUCUAUGGAUUUGCAUGAAUCACCUGUGACAUGUUGUACAUAUUUAGCAGACUGUCCAGCUGACCUCAUUCCAGCAUUUUACUCUGUUGGUGCUAGAGGACAGAAGAGACAAGGUUUUAGUGAGCGAGAAUGGCCAAUAAGUGGUGGAGAAUGGGGCUCCUCUUGUAGUUAUGCAGAAAUGAUAAUUACAGGGCAUGCAGAUGGAACUGUCAAAUUCUGGGAUGCAUCAUCAGUGAGUUUACAAGUGUUAUAUAAGUUAAAAACUGCAAAAGUAUUUGAAAAACCACGGACUAGAAGUAUAGAUGGGGAUGAAGACCCUUUUGCAAUUCAGCAUAUUUUUUUAUGUCCAGAAUCUAGGUUAUUAUGUAUAGCAGGUGCUACAGCGCACGUUGUUCUCUUCAAGUACUUCAAGCAAGAAACGACUGGUGAAGUUCCAUGUCUGGAGAUCCCUAUCGUUUAUGAAGUGUAUGAAUCGGGGGACUGCUCGCCAGAAUAUGAAUUUCCUCCUCGUCCCACCCUUCAGGUAGCUCAUAGUCCCCACCAUACAGCUGCUGGGGAAGCCUCCGAUAAAAAACCCUCAGAUAAAAAGGGUCACAGUCAAAGUCCAAAUCAUAGAAAAAAGAAAGGUGCAUCACUCGACUAUUUUGUACCUAUUCGUGUACGGGGAGGAUCACAAAAGAAGGCAGCAGGAUACCAAGCAGACCUAGUGUGCCUCACUCCCUGGGUUGAUGGAGAACCACCAGGUUCCAUAAGUGCGUUGUCUAUCAACUCAUCAUAUGGCUUGCUUUCAUAUGGUAAUGAGAGUGGGUUAGUGAUUGUGGACUACAUUGCCAAGUCUUGCCUUUUGAACAUGGGAACGCCAGAGCUUUAUGGUAAUGCUGACCCUUAUCAAAGGGUUCCUCGUUCUCCAAAACGUGCAGAUUCUUCCAAAGAAGAUGAGAGAUGCAAGUCACCCUCCUCAGAUCAGGAUGUAAAAGAUAUUGGAGCUUCUGUAUUCUAUCUACGACAUGACCAAAGUGACCUCAAUGGACUGAAUAAAAGAGAAUGUAAGGAUGACCUCAGGGAUUCCAAAAAAAUGGUUAGUCGCAGUGACAGCAAGGGAAAAGGUGAUCUAGAGAUAAGGAAGUAUCUUAUGAGAAAAGAUAGUAGGGGUGUCGACAAAGGAAAAGAAGAUAAGAAGAACAAUGAAUCAAAAACUGGAUCUGAUCUUAAAAAACUCCUGACUCGGAAGGAAAGUAAAACUAAAGAUAAAGAGGAAAAAGAUAUUAGAAAAGAUUCAGAAAAAGAAGACAAAUCUGACGAUCCUCUGGUUUACAAAAAGCAGCAGAUGCUCUCAGAAGGGAGAAGUUUGGGAGUUGAGGAAACCGACACUAAUGAGGGAAAACUGGAAACAGCAGUUAGCCUUGAACUUGGUACUGAGAUGGCAAGGGAAAGAGCUGUAGCGCAUGAGAACAUUCCAAAAGCAGAAUUACGUGAAAAUAAGUCUAGUGUUGUGGAGGCUAAAAGACAAACCAGGUUUAGGUUGAAAGCCCAGUUCAACAAACUUGAUGCUAGAUUUCGUAAAGCAUUUUCUUCAGAAAAUAAUUCUUCCAUGGAGAAUAACACAGAAUUUUAUGUUGAUGAUGAAAUAGUAGUCGUUGGUGAUGAUGGAGAAAUGAAAAGUGAAGCAGUCAGUGAAAUCAUUGACGAUAAAUCCAGUAAUUCAGAGCAAGUAGAAGUAGGGGAGGAAAUGACCGAAAAUGGAGGAUAUAUGCCAGAUGAAAGUAAAGGAAAGGAGUAUCUUGAAGUGCAUAGUAAUUCUAUGACUGGAACAAGCCCCAAAGGUAGUCCAAGAAGCAGUCCCAAACCAAGUCCUAAAACAACACCAAAACCAAGUCCUAUGGAUGAAGCAAUAAUUCUUGAACAACUAGUUGAUGAUGAGUCAAAAGUAAAAGAAAUGAGUGAUGCAAGGUCUGCACUUAUACUUUUUGAUGAGGACGGUAAUCCAGUUCCUCCACCUCGAAGGAAAGUUCGCCUUGCAGAAAGUAAACAAAAGGUUAUACAGAAUACUGUGGAAUCCGUGGAUUUAGAUAAAGAGAUGGCCUUAGUUUCAGUCCAGGAUGAAUCUCAAGGCACAGAAAGUACCACCAUGCCAGCCACUACGCCUGUGGACAAGGAAGAAUCGACAUCAGUCAGUCAAAGGCAUUCUUACAGAAGUCAGGGUUCAGAGGGAACUCCUCACACACCUGGUCAAGUUGCAUCAACUGGGGUUACUGUAACCAGCCCAAACAGUAAAGGAGCAUUCAAGUCUUUUGUCAGCCAUAUCACAAAGAAGAGUUCAUCACAAGCAUUACAGGACAAGCUAGAUGGGUCAUUUAGUCGAUCCCGAUCAUCCAGUAUUAGCAGCCUUGAAAACAUUAGUAGUGAAGCAAUUCAGUGUCUGGCCUUUGCUGACUCAUAUACAAGAAAAAAUGAUUCACAGAUGGCACCAACGUUAUGGGUUGGUACAAGUUUAGGUUCUGUUAUUCAAGUUAUGGUUUCUAUACCUCCCCUAGAAACAAGAUUAUCAACACCAGCUACAGUUAUUCCAAGUGGUACUAUAUUUCGGUUGAAAGGAUCGGUUUUGGCCAUGUCUUUCUUAGACUGCAAUGGAGCUCUGAUACCUUAUCAAUAUGAGUCUUGGAGAGAUGCUAAUAAGGAGAAAAAAUUAGAGAGAACACCUACAAAAUCUUUAGUUGAUAACAGAAUGUCUCCCACAAACUCAGGAGAACAGACGUGGGGAGACAGACAGUUUAUUGUAAUUGGCUCUGAAAAAGUUGCUAGAGUUGUUGCAUUACCAUCCCAAAAUUGUGUGUAUAAACAAAUAAUCACAGAGGUUUCCUUUGUGGUAAAAGCAGAAAUAAUCCAAAUAAAAGAUAGUGUUUGUUUAGUAUGUUAUGUGGCAACUGGUCAUAUAUCGGUCUUCAGUUUACCAAGUCUUCGGCAGUUGAUAUAUGUGGACUUUCUUCCUUUAGUUGAUUUAAGUUUUCAGACGAGGAAGACUGGUAUAGUUGAUCCUAUGCUGUCUAUUUGGGGUCAGCAAAUGUUCGUAAAUGAAGAUACUGACCAAAUUGCGAGGACUUUCUGCUUUACAAAUUAUGGUCAUGGAAUGUAUUUGUGUUCUCCGACUGAAAUUCAAAAGUUUACAUUGGCUUCAGAUUUCUGCAAGGAACUUCAAAAUUUAUUAGGAGAAUUGUUUCAGCCUCAUGAUAUGCCUGAGCCUCCAAAGCAAAGCUUUUUCAAAGGACUUUUCGGCGGAGGAGUCUCACAGUUGGACCGUGAAGAGCUUUUUGGUGAGUCUUCAGGGAAGGGUUCACGGAGUGUUGCCAAACAUGUACCAGGACCUACAGCUCAACUAGAGGCUCUGAAUGCAAAAGCUGGUUCUGUUGCGGGUGAUAUUGCCAGAACACGAAUGUUAAUGGUAGAGAGAGGGCAGAAACUUAGUGAAUUAGAAGAACGGACUGGUCGUAUGAUGAAUGAAUCAGAGUCAUUCUCCACAGCUGCUCACCAGCUAAUGCUCAAGUACAAGGACAAGAAGUGGUAUCAACUUUGAGAUGGUUUCACCAUCUCUUUGGUAUUCACUCUGCCAGAUUAUUUUGUAUAUAUAGUUCUGUAAUCAGACGUGCUAGCUCCGAGAUUCAUGGGGUAUGGAAUACUAGUUCCAGUGAAAUCAGAAUUAGCAUAUGCACACUACAAGUACAAUGACAGGCCUUUCACAGUGGGUUUGUUCUUAAAAUCAGUAUAUCUGUGACAAGGAUUGGUUUUGUCAAGUGUGUAUGUGUUUUAUGCACGUUUUGUCAAGUGAGGAACCCCUUGUCUUCUCAAAGUUGUUACUCAGUGUAUCAGCAGGUAACUGAUACCAUGUUAGAAGCUACCCAGUUACAAUAGUUGGUAUGAUACCAAAUAUUAACACAUAGGGAAGCAAUGUCAUGCUGUUUGUAAAUAUUUGUACAGGUAAAAAGUUAUAAAUAAAAUGGUGAGGAGUUAGAUAUCUUUGAUCCCAGGUGUUUUAUGCUGGUGCAAUAUUAAAAAGCCAAGCUGCAGCAGCAAGCACAGUGAUACAGCUGCUAGUUACAGUUACAUAUACUGGUUGUGAGCUCUUCUGCUGACUGAAUAUCCACUUUUGCACUUUAUCAAGAUGAUAUUUUGUGUGAUGCUGAUUUACAGUUUUGUAUGAAUGUAUAACUGUAUACAUACAUAAGUUGAAUUCCAUUUAUCCAGAUAGAUUAAAAUCGAGAUUCUCAUUAAAGUGCUUGCAAGUUUUAUGUACUACUUCCUUAUUGUAUGCUGGACUGCAGAGAAAGAAACUUAGACAUUAGUUAGUAUAGUAAUCAGCUAUUACUCAUUCUAAUGAUAAUUAAAUUAAUAGCCACAACAACCUAACUUAAGUUUCUUAAAGUAUAUGUGCUUUCUUUUUUCAUAUGGGAAGUUUAAGAGCUUGAAUGAAAGCUCACUUUUCAUUUAGAGGCAUUAUUGAUGGUUAUCUUUUACAAGCAUCAAGUGCUAAGAAGCUACAAAAUGUUAAUAGGAAGUGGUUUAUUUUGUUUAAAGUCUUUGCCAAACUUAUAAAAUUCUAAAUUGUUUCCACUUUCAAAUAAAGUCUUUUAGUUACUACAGGAUUCAGCUAGGAAAACAGCAACAUUACAUAAAAGGAUACAUUUCCUUGCCCAAAUAUCAAAAGCAUAAAAUAGAUAAAUUUUACUUCUUUGGAAUAAGAGCCAUGCAUCAUGUUCCAAUAAAACAACCUUCACUAAUGCUUAAAAGAAGUGCAAUGCUGGUAGCAAUCAAGCCUUUUGAUGUAAUUUGCUGUCUAUCAUUAUACAUCCAAAGUGUUGUAUCUUUUGCUUUAGCAUUUUCAUAUAUUAAUUUGGUUAAUAAUGAUAAAAGAUGUGUUAUAAUGUUUACACAUAAUGCAGAAUUCAGAAAUGGUCUGUGACAAGAACUAUAAAUAGAUAAAUGUAAUUUUGGAAAUCAUAUCAGCACUGCCACACUUUGUUCUCUUGAGUUUUCUUGGUAAAUACUUUAUGAAAAUUUAUCUCAAUUGGAUAGUACUUCAUAUACUGUAAUAACUAUACAUUAUGUACCUUGUGAUUUUAGGGGCUUAGGGCAAAAUAUUUUAAAUUUCUUAGCCAGGAAUUGUUGACAAAGGCAAUGGAAGGAAUUUACAUGCAGUUCACAAAUAAUUUUGAUUGUGUAAUUUUAAAAAAAAGGUUCAGAAUAUAUUCAGAGGUUACAUAGUACAAGUUUUCAUCUGGAUUAGUGGAAUUUUUCUGCGUCUGUUGCCAUUGUGUAUUUGUGGAUCAAGUGAGUAUGGAUAGAAAUGGAAGAAGAUAUAUAGAAAUUACUGGAAACAACCUCUAGUUUAAUAUAAAUCAAGCCUUAUAUGUUUAUCAUUAGUCUCAGAAGGAACUGAACCCCAUAAUCUAAAAUUUAUUUAAACUACUUUUCAAAGUCUGUGUCUGAAUUCCAGGAUAGCUUAACACAAACACACACACACAUUAUAUAUAUAUAUAUAUAUAUAUAUAUAUAUAUAUAUAUAUAUUUAUAUGGUAGUAGAUAUAUAUGCUUUUGGGGCAAAGUUUUUCUUGUAUGCUUAUUUCAUUGAAGUCAAUGGCUUCUUGAUGAUCAUCAAUCAAAAAGCCGUCGAAUUCAGUGAAGUGAAUAAAUAAACACACACACACACACACACACACACAAACUACUUACAAACAUUCAAGUUAAGAACAUUCAUAGGUACUAACAGACACGGCACAAAUUAAAAUUUUGCAAAGAACAGAAAGCAAGGA